AUGUUUGCGAUAGCACCCCAACAAGCUCGUCCGACACACAUACCGGAGGAGCCAUUCGUGGAGGAAACUGCAGAGGCGUUCACGAUGAAUUUGGAAGAUCGUGAUUUUUUGCCCAUGAAGGAUUACUUGGGAUUGAACGCGCUGGUCAUGUCGAUGCUCGAGCCUUGGAAACCCGCCGAUUGGGAACCCGUCUCGGAUCCGGUGCGGUUCGAUUUCCGGAGGAACGGCGUGGAUUGCGAAAUCCGCCCCGUUCUGUUCGACGGUUGGAUCGACCUCGAGGUAUGCAAUGAUAUGGCGUCGGAUGCGGUCGGGAAACAGCCGUCCGGCAGGAACAAGAAGGCGCGUCAACGCUUCACGCCUAUCUGGUGCGUGUUCUGCAAGAACAACGGCGAGAUGGAGAGCGUGUACGUGAGCCACGUCCUCAAGGGUGUUGACGGGAAGGUGGUAUGUCCGAUCCUGAGGAAGUACACGUGCCCGACCUGCGGGGACGGCGGGGACAACGCACACACUGUCAAGUAUCUGUCUCUUAUACACAUCUAG